UUUUCCAAUAGUUAUGUGUCCGUUUGGAGGACCCAAAAUUCAGCUGUGUGGAGUACGCUGCGCUAUUGCCGUUAGAUUUUACCGGGAAGUUUAUAUGCUGCGUCAGUUUUGAAAAGUGAGGAAAGAGGAGAGAGUUUUUCAGAAGCAAGUAGAGAGAAAGAGAUGUUGCAGGUGAAGAGCUUGAGAAAGGCCCUCAUUCCUCCCUCUCUCCUCAUGGACCCAUCCCCUGCAAAUCUUCAGUCCACUCGCCUUGCUCUUCAUGUUAAUGAAGAUGCCUCAUCUUGUUCGGUAUAUGUUGCUUCUGGGUGUUGCGUUUACAAUGUGGUGAUAUCUAUGGAGGAUACUAUGGUUACAAGGGGAAAGGAGAGCCUUUUGAUUCCGGUGCCGGCACAAACAAUCCGUGCAUCUUUGGUUAAACGGUGCCCUCAUCGUACAGAGAUCCAGAGUAUAGCACUUGCAGAUACUCAAUGUGACAUGGGCAUGAUACUGGGAACAGUGGAUUCUUUUGGUCAUGUAAUCAUCUCUAGAUUGGAUCCAAGCAAUGAAGAUGUUGAAAGGCUUACAUUUACAACUUUGCCUCAAGAUUUCGGUGUGGGAGAGAGUAGUUGGGCAGGAAUAUGUUUCUGUCCAAGUCGAUGGUCCACGGCUGCAGUAGCUCGUAGCUUCUGCAAAAGUAUUGACAUUUACGACCAGGAUAUUCAUCUCCAAACUCUACGAACUUUGUGGCAUCCGGCUUCUAUAUGUUUCCUACAAAGUUUGUCCUAUGAGUAUGAGAAUUCUUCUAUUCUAGCCGUUGCAGAAGGCUGCCAGCUGACUAUCUGGGACCUAAGAACAAAGCACAAUGGUGGUUGUGUAGAAAGAGUUUCUGGCUCACUUGGACAUCCCUUUUAUGCUGUUUGUAGUUCCUCCAGUGGAACUGUAGCUAUUGGUGGCGCUGACCGGACAGUAACCAUUUAUGACAGUCGCAAAUGGACAGCCUUGUCAAGAUGGGUAAAUUGCUCGAAAUAUGAGAUAACAGGUCUUGCAUUCUCCUCAUUUGACCCCGAUCAUAUUUAUGUCCAAGGUGUUGAUUAUGAGGUCUGUUGCGGUAAAUGGCAAGGAAAUGAAAAAGCAUUUUCAUUUAGAGGGGAUUCUAACUGGCUAGGAUUCAGUAAGUGUUCUAAGAUGGAUGUUUUAGCCGGAUGGUGCGAGUCUGGUAACAUCUUUGUGGCUGAUGUCAAGGGACCAAUAGAUUGACAUAUGGAGCCCUACCGGUUAAUUCCCCAUUUCGAUCCUCAGGAUUAGGUUUGGGAAAGUAUUGUUCCAAUAGGGAACAUGGUUUUUGGUAGACAAUGCUUUAGGGGGGCAUCCACAGCCAACAGCCAACAGCCAACAAUGAAGCGUGGAGAUUUAACUGAAAAUGGUUAAUGUCCCUAUGGGUUCUGCUAUGCUUAAUUGCAACCAUUUAUUCACAGAAAUGGAUGAUGGAUGCCUUCUGGAGUUCCAUGUACCAUUCUUCAUUGGACCAUGAUAAACCUUCCCCAAGGGUUUUCGCAUUUAGUACUCAGAUUAACUCUCGAAGAGAGAGUAUUGGCAGGAUUAAGUCCAAGGAGAAAUAGCUUGUGCCAUGCCACCACCCCCUUUGCCUUACCAUUUAUAGUGAUGAAUGCACCUUUCUGGUUUACCCUAUGUUCCAAAGAAUUGUUUGAGAAAAUAAUCUAAUUAAAAAAUUGAUUAAAGAAUUAUUAUUUUA